AUGGCGGAUGCUGUAGGGACGGAUGAGGCCGAUGACCGUUCUUGGUCGUCGUGGAGCUCAGCCUUUGAGCCACAGCAACCGGAGCCUCCCAUCCCGUCCGUGAAGAAGCGUAAGCAGAAGAAGACAAGGAAGGCCGGGAAGGCCUCUCGUAAGAGGCAUAAGGCACGGCGGGUGAGUCCCGCGCCUGAUUCGGACAGUUCGGCUAUCGAGGCCAGGACGGAAGUCCUACAGGAGGUGGGGGCUCGACAGCCAACAGUGUCGGCUACGGCUUCGUCGGGGGAGCUCAGGCUACCCCUUGAUGGUGAUACUGCUACUGAGGACUUGCGUGACAUCGAUUCGCAGUCUGCAGGUACUUAUACGGUGGAGGAUCACACUGAGGCAGUCAUGCACCAUGCUAGGUCGGGACGCCUGCGUGCAGAGACAGCGCUCGGGACCUGGAGCGAAAACAUGCGCAAGAGCGCUUUCGAUGUGAGUGUGUACGCCAGAGGUUGCGUGCGUGCAGAGGCGCCGAAGCGCUUGACAGAAUCUCGGAGGGCUGGAGCCCGGUUUCAGCUACGUGCUGAGUGUGUGACGCGGGGAUGUUUCCCUGGUCAAUGGGACCGAGCAGAAACCGUGAUCGCAGACGCGACCGGGAAUCAAGAUCGGGGGGAGCGCGAGCUGCUGCGCCUUUUCCCCCGCCAGUGCCUCAGCUGCGUACCAGUGGUGCCGGUGCAGCCACCUUUGCCGCCUCCCUCGACACCUGCCCCGAUUGCCCCUGCUGUGCAUGUGCCUCAGCAGCAGACUACUUGGAAUCGCCAGCCCUGGCGCGGAGGAGGCCAGCAGAAGCAGGGCCAAUGGAACAAGCGCUGGAACCAGUGGCGUCGGUCCAGCCAGGGGUCGUUUGAGCCUCGAGGGUCGGGCCGUCAGUCCUCUUGGACGGAUCCAGACCACCACAACAUUCAGGAGGCCACUCCGUCUGAAGUGGCCGCGGCCGACGCCCGUAGGGCUGCCAAAGAGGUUGAUCAGGACGAGGCCGACGACGAAGCGUCGUACCUCGCAGCUCUGUGGAAGUCGGCGGAGGAUCAAGCCAUCGCCGAGAAGUUCCCCGACACGGCCGCAUACAAGGAAUUCUUGGAAGGACUUGAAGGUCCGAUACCGGCCUCUGUGAUAUCCCGAGUGGCCACGGUCCUUGCUGCCUUUCGGGCUUACGGCCGCCCCCUCGAGGGGGAGAAUCCUGUGGCGGGCGUCGUCGGACCCGAUGCUCACAUUUUUCGGGUGCCUGGGCAACGAAUUUUGAUCUUAUCCUGCGAAUUGCGCGGGCCAAGCUAUAUCCGCAAUCCGAACUCGGAACACUCUGCUAUCAUGGCUCAUGGUACCUCUUUCCCAUCUUUAGUCGGCGUGGCGGAGAUAGGGGAGAUCGCAGUGAACGAUUAUCGCGAUCAGGGAAUUCCCUGCUUCGGCUUUUCGGCACGAGGUUCAUUGGUCGGACUGUCGCGAGAUGCACUGGAAAGUGCAGCGACAAAAUGCGCGAGUCGGGCUAAAGCCCUGGGUGGUGCGAUUAUCCUCGUAGAGUGCGAGUUGCCACGGGGCACCCCCUCUGUGGAGGGGGGGAACGAAAUGAUGCAGAUCUGUUGCCGGGACGCUGGCUCGGCGUACCGCCGGGUCCUCACAUUACUUCAUGCCUUUUCGAGUUUCUUUGACCUGUGUACUUUGAUGGCGGAUGUCGAGGAGGACGGCCCGGAUUCUGUUCAGGCAGUUUUGGCAGGGAAAUCACCGAAUACCAUCUUGAAGCAUGUGGGUCCGGUUCGUACUUUUUGCGAGUGGCUUUUGAAAGCAAGUCAUACUCCGCCUUUUGUGGAGACAGUCUUGUGGUCUUUCAUCCAUUGUGUCCUCAAGAUGCCUAAGACCGCGGCCACCACACUGGACAGUAGUCUGCGUGCUAUCAAGUGGAGUUAUUAUACCUUGGGACUACGUGUUCAACUAGAGGUCUUCAGCAGCCCUCGCGUUCAUGGUGUGGUGAAAAAGGCGCUACAGACUAAAAACCCGUGGUGCCCGGCGUCGCCCCUCAAGGUGUCCGAAGUUCUCCAGUUGCACGCGAUCUGUUGUGAUCGCGAUAUUUCUGUCAUUGAUAGAUGCGGGGCGGCACAUUUCCUUGCUAUGCUCUACGCGAGGGCGCGAGCAUCGGACAUCCGGUGUGUCAAAAGUAUCUUGAUAGACGUGCACAACGAAGACUGGAGUUCGCGCUUCAUUGAACUAGGGACGCUUGAACACAAGACGUCUAGGCUGGACACUCAACGACGCCGCGUACUGCCUCUGGUGAUUCCCGGCCAGGGUAUUGCUAAAACGCCUUUUGGUCAACUCCUCCUGGACAUUAGGGCUGAGGCUGGUUUGCCGAACGAUCAGGCGGAUGUCCCAUUCUUGCAGGCGCCUCUGCCGGAUGGAUCUUGGUCUUCAGACCCGUUGUCUAGCAGCGAGAUUACCAGGUGGCUGAGGUAUCUACUGCCACGUCCAUCGACGGAACAGGCUGUGAGUUCGCACUCAUUGAAGGUUACCUCACUUGUUUGGUGUAGCAAAUUCGGGAUGCUUCGCGAGACCAAGCGAGUUCUAGGCCAUCACGCGGAUGCAGCGACUGGCAGUGAUGCAGUUUAUGGGCGUGAGUUGCAGAGCGCGGCACUACGUGAGUACGUUGUCGUACUGGAUGCAGUGGCGACGGGUAAGUUCCUGCCGGACCAGACUCGUUCGGGUCAUUUCUCAUCAGGUUGGACUCGGGAGUCCAUCCUGCAGGCGGCUGCUUUUCCACAGGACUCGGAAGUCCUGCAGGCGGCUGUGGAGGACGACCAAGAUGAGGCUUUGGCUGUGGUUUCUGAUGUUUCAGACUCUGAUGAAGAAGCCCCGGAGGAACAAUCCUUCUGGGCUCAUCCGACUAGCCAGGUCCUACAUCGCACGACUUUGGGGUCGGCAAUGUUUUUGUGUGGCCGAGCUGUUGGCGAUCAUUAUCGGCGCAUUCCUAUGGCUCGGGCGCAAGCGCACCCGCAAUGUGCCAAGUGUUUCCCACGGUACUUAGCCAUGACGAGUUCCGUAGAUUCGGCGCCUUUCUUUGUGCAGCGAGCGGAUGAAAUCUCGCUUGCCAAGCGAGUAGUGGAUGCCUUGAAAGGUAAAGGGGUCACCACUUUGGCCCAGCUGGCCUUCUGUGUCGGACAACCGGGACAGGUGCUAUCUCAGACUGAGUUUGACACGUGGACCGAGGCCAUGUUGGUAGGCAUCACGGUGGGCGAGAAGGCGUCUCUGAGGCGCCUGAUCUUGGAAGCUCAGACCAUGCUAGUGGCUUCUUUGAAGGAUCUGGCAGAACCUGCUGAACACGCUUCCCCUAAAAAGGUGGGGGUAGCCGAGCGGAAUGCUCGCAUGGAUCAGCUUCGGACUCAGCUCGCCGGAGUUUCGCUCACUGGACAGCUUGAGCCGAGUCAUGCAUUACUUGACAUGGCCGUUCAGCAGUGGGAGAGUCGCUGCCUGAAGUACAUUGGUCCAGAGAAGUGUCAUAGCCGCGAGGAUGAGGUUCAGAACGUUAAGCCUUUGACCACCAGUCUCUCCUUGGAAGGCGGUAAGCUGAAGGUUACGGAGGCUGCUGGUAUGGAUGAUCGUGACAUUGAGGGCUCUUUGCAGGUCCUUAAUGCCCUGCGCCGCAGAGGAGUGGCUUACGCAUUUGCUCGCUUGAUCUGUUGGGAAAGACAUGAAGCUUAUGUUUCUUCCUUAUUCAGGUAUUUGACCAAGCCCGCUCAGCCUGGUUACAGGAAGGUGUCUCUUCGUCAGAUCUUGCGGGCUGACAAGCUUGCCUUCUCCAAGUUGUCGGAGGCAGGUGAGGACAUCCGGGCAGAUGCUUCAGGUACUCUCCCGCUUGAUGCCGCGAUCGGGGCUAUCCUUCACGAUUAUGACCUAAUUGUAGCUCUCCUGCCUAUGGGUGAUUUGGAUGGUAAGGGCAAGAAUGCUAAUGGCCGCGGUGGGCGCCCGGGUCCUUACAGCGAUAAUGCGCCCUGGAAGGGGAAGAAUGGCAAAGGUAAAGGCGGUUGGAACUCCAAGGGCUCUGAUAGUUGGACAGGGAAAGGCAAAAACACCUGGCAGGCCAAGGGCAAGUCGCCCAAGGGCAAAGGCUCUGGAGCCGGGAAACCGGAAUGGUUGCCUGAGGGACUUCGCUUCCAGGCGGCUCCGCCGCCUUGCACCGCCGCCUUGGCGUCGGACGUGGAGAUGACACCUUCGGAAGAACCCGUUUCCGGUGCCAUCUCUGUAGCUGAUGUCACGGCCUCGGCCUCACCGCCUGUUGGAGUGGGAGUGGACCCUGCUUCAGAGAUGGUAGAUGUCGACGAUUCUCCGAUUUUUGUAGAACCUACAGUUUUGGAUCCCCCUACGAUGCCGAGUACUUCGUCUGAGUUGGAGCGCACAGGGAGCGAGGGGGCGCUCCCCUCACCUCCCGUGGCAUCGGAGGACUUUUCUCCGGCACCGCCUACUCAGGAGCCGGCCAGAGCCGUUUUGCAGUGCUUUGCAGGUCAAGCUCGUGUGGCUUCGGCCUUGAUUAAGCAGGGCUAUUUUUCCUAUGGAGUGGAUCGAUUCAAGCAGAAGGCGGCCAUGGCCCCAGUGCUUCAGAUGGACUUGUCGACGCGGGAGGCGUGUGACUCUGUCCUAACAUGGCUUGACAACCGGAAGAUCGCGGGUGUUAUGAUAUGUAUUCCUAAACACGCCUCGGAGCCUGUUACUACGGCUUUCGUCCUGGCAGUGAUGGCAGGGUGCUUGAGCAACAACCUGCCCAUGGUUCUUGAGGGUUCGGUGUCUUCCCCCUUCUGGGAGAGUUUCAAUCGUUUACCAUCAGCACAGCACCCUCCGCAUAGAGUGGAGGUGGAUUGGCAGCUUUGGGACUCACAUAGCAAGCAGCGCAGCCUCGUGUGGUCUAAUUUGCCCGAAAUCCUCACUGUGCGCAGGGAGGCGGCACCUAUGGGACAUAAGGUGCAGCAGCGAUCGGAGGCGCAGACAGGUUAUCCGCCGGCUUUUGCCACGGCGAUAGCUGAGGUGUUCAUUGCAGGUUUGACUCAGCGACAGCUGCCAUGCCGCAGCCCGGCCUUAGCCAACAAAUCGCUGCGAGUUUCGGCUAUGAAUCAGCCACGUGGGGCGAUGCCGGAAGUGGUGUCUGAGUGGAAGUUGGUGGUUUAUGUCCUUCUGCCACCGCAGGUUGAGGACCCGUUUGGCGGGUCGAAACGCCUCAAACGGGACUGGCGAGUCCCGCACGGCGCCCGCGUGUUGCCGGAGCUCAAGCUGCUCCCGCAGGAUUCCCAGCUUCUGUCGCGUACUCAGUCAGGGGGGCAAUUGAGCCCGCAACUUCAGCAGGAAAUGCAAAACUUGAAUGGAGCCUCAGUUUUGCGAGUGGGCAUCCCAUGGGAUCCCAUUGAAUUCAUUGCUAAAGCAGGUAAGAUUGGACACCCAUACCAUAAGUUAUCCAAGUGCAACAAGGAUCUCAGAGACCUCGUUCAUGACUUAGUACACAAACCGGGACCGGUUCGUUCUCAGAGGAAGAAUUACAUCGAGAAGUGGGCAAGAAGAGCCAAAGAGUUGGAACCAGAGGAAACCAAGCUGAAAGCUGGCAUGUCGGAUCACAGAAGGAAGAUCCUUCAACCCAAACGUAUCUUGCUAUUUGAAGAGAUGCUACGAGACAUUGGGUAUGACGAUAUGGGUGUGGUUCAGGAGCUCAUCGACGGAGCCACGCUGACGGGGGACAUUCCUAUCACUGGGGUGCUGGAUACCAAGCUCAAGCCUGCUAGGUUGGAUACUGAACAACUUAUAGGGAUGUCUGAUGAAAUCAGACAGCAGAUCCGGGUGAAGACUGGGUCGUCGGGUGAUAAGGAAAUCGACCAGCUGUUGUGGGAUAAGACGAUGGAAGAGGUACAGAGUGGAUACCUCUCAGGACCUUACGAUUUCGAGUCAUUGCCGAAAAGAUGUUUGGUCAGCUCCCGUUUUCCGUUGCUACAAGGGGAGAAGCUGCGACCAAUUGACAACUACUCAUCGAGUUUGAUUAACGACACGGUCACAGUGUCUGAAAAGCCUAUCACGCACUCUAUCGAUGAAAUUGCAUUGCUGAUAAAUACGCUUUCGAGUGCUGCCCGAAAGAAGAACCUGAACGCAUUGUACGGGAAAACGGCGGAUCUGAAGGGAGCUUACAGACAAUUGGCGGUAUCUGAUACAAGCUUAGAUUUUUCUUACCUCUCGGUCUACGACCCGGCAGAGGAGAAGCCCAAGUUGUUCCAACAACUAGCUGUGCCCUUCGGCUCAACCAAGGCCGUGUAUUUUUUCCUCAGAGUGGCGAGAGCUCUUUGGACUAUCUUGGUCAAAGGGGCCAGAAUCCCGACCACGAAUUAUUUCGACGACUUUGUUCUGCUCGCUCUUGGAGGAGAUAGGAGUUCGUGUUCGCAUGCUUUCGAUGAAGUUAUGAGGCUGCUAGGUUGGAAGCUGUCAGCUGAUAAGACGACAGAGUGGAACACUAGCUUCGAGGCCCUUGGCGUCCUUUUCGAGCUUGACCAGACAGGGUCGGGAGUUCUGAAGGUCAGGAACACUGAGAAACGACGAAAGGAACUUACUGCUGCGAUCAAAGGUUUCCUGGACAAGGGAACCAUGACUCAGAAGGAAGCGCUACAACUGCGGGGUAGGCUGCAGUUUGCUCAAGCCCAGUUUUUCGGUAGGCUGGGAAGAAGGUGCCUUACGGAGGUGACAAAGCAUGCCUACACUGGCAGGUCGAAGCUUUCGUCGAUUGCCAAGGAACGACUUGAAGAGUUUGGUAAGUUCCUUGACAUGGCCCAACCGAGGUUAGUGGGACAAGUUUCAUGCAGGACUUUUAUGAUCCUGACCGAUGCGGCGUUUGAAACGGAGUCAGGAACUGGAGGCCUGGGGGGCGUCCUUCUCACCGGGUCAGGCUCGGCACUCUCUUUCUUCAGCGUGCCGAUCUCAGAGCAGCAAGCCAAGUCUAUGUCGUUGCAAGAUGAGCAUACCAUCAUAUACGAGCUCGAAAUGUUCGGGGUCUUGAUCGGUCUCAAGCUCUUGGUCGAAAAGACAGCUGCUUUCGCAGAAUCAUACGAACAGCCAGGUGCUGUUGCUGGAACUGGAGUGAUUUGUUAUAUCGAUAAUGAUGCUGCGAGACAUGCAUACAUCGCCGGCUCUUCGAAGAAAGAGGUUGCUGGGAUUCUUAUCGAUGAAGUCAAUUUCCUGGAGUAUGUCCACGGCAUCUUGCCGUGGUAUGCGAGAGUGGCAUCACCCGCCAAUCUGGCUGAUGAACCAUCGAGGAUGAAACUUGAUAGAGUCAAGAGGCUAGGAUUCAAAGACGAGUCCGUCGAGGCGACCAAAGCGGUGUUAUCAAUUGUGAAGAGAGUGCACCUGCCUUUGGGAGAGGCCGAUGUUCCAGAGGAUGCUUUGCAAGACUUCAAGUCGAUGCUAGAGAAUGAAUCGGAUGCGGAGGAUGCCGGACAGCAGCCGCCCCCACCCAGCGGCCCUGACAAUGCGCCGGCUGCGGUGCUGGCGGCUCCCAUCGGCCUUGACAAUGCGCCGGCUGCGGUGUCGGACUCUGGAAAUCAGGUCGCGGUCGAAGGUCCAGCCAACGUCAAGAAGGAAGAAGAAAGCGACAGUGAUAGAGGUGGUCUACAUCAAGCCUGCUUCCAAGAAGGCGCGCCGAUCCAGGACCAAGGUCAAGGAAGAGCAGGUGGCCGACACAGCUCCAUCUUUACCUCUUGCUUCGUCUUCUUCUCGGACUUCUCGGCCCUCUCGGGGCUUAUUUUGCAGCCAAGGACACGGUUUGCAGUUGCGUGA